AUGUCGAACACUGUUGUGAAUGGCCUUGUCGGAGCUGACGGAGGUAUCAUUGUUGAAAUCAUCACGUAUCCUCUCCAAUCGGGUCAUGGGAGCUUACCAGAAGAUAAUAAUGCAAAUGGAGAGCAUAGUGUAUCUGGAGACCUGCAUGGUGUUCAACCAGAUCCUGUAGCUGCUAACAUUCUUAGGAAAGAACCAGAGCACGAGACCUUUGUAAGGCUGAGAAUCAGCCCAUUUGAGACACCAUCUUCUGAUGAAGCAGAGAUUUAUAGAGCAUUACAAGGUUGUCUUGAGAUGCGAAAGAGCUAUGUGUUCAGAGAAAGCAUUGCUCCAUGGGAGAAACAAGUUAUAUCUGAUCCUAGUUCUCCAAAGCGUAAUCCAAAUCCUUUUGAGUAUACCCCUGAGACAGAAUAUGAUGUAGGUUUGAAGUUUCUGACACAAAUGGCUGAAUACAAAAUAUCUGUAUAUGGAAGAAAGCAAAGUGAAUGGGACAAUUUAGCUAGUUGGAUUGUAAACAAUGAAUUAUACAGUGAGAAUGUUGUCUGGUUGAUUCAGCUACCCCGACUUUACAACAUAUACAAAGAAAUGGGAAUUGUGACAAUUUUGGAUAAUGUUUUAAUCGAUCAAGAUUCACAUCCCCAGUUGCAUGUUUUCUUGAAACAUGUACCAAUUAAACUAUUGCAUUCCGGAUGGACAUCUUUGGAUGAUGCAGAUGAAAUAGAUGCCAUGGAUCAAGAUCAAGGUUCAUUCUUCUCCUAG